GUUCGACUCGAUCAGUACCGAAGCUUAAGUCCGCGAUGCGCGUAUUUACUCUUUAAAGAUUCUUGUUUUGUUCUGAAACUGUGAUUCUGUGCGUGUGAUAAUCUAUAAAAUGGUGCUUGUGGUGGUGCUGCUGUGAUUGUGUGUGAAGUUUUCGACGGCUGUACUAUGCAGUUACUCAUUAGUGCGUUAAACUUCUUGGAUUAAAUAUGCCUUAAAAGAUGGUGUGGUGACACAAGAUGGCGACGCCGCCUUUCGACGACAAAAUGGCGUCCGAAAACCUCCGCUCGACGCCCCCACCGUUACCAAAAUGAAACCGAUAACGUUCGAGAACCUCCGCCGCCUAAUGGGCGGGGGUCGCAAGAAGAAAGACAAGGACAACUCGUCCUUCAAGCGUAGCGACUCGUUCAAACGGAUUUCCAUAAGGAAAAGUUACCUGGACCGGGGCAAGAAGAAGAUCCCGCCGAAACUGGAGGCGGCCACCCAAACGGUGUCCGAGGAGGAGCAAUCGGACCUCAAAGUAGUCCGGAAAGUGGACUCGGGGGUGCAAGCGGACCUGAACCCACCCCCGUCCUACCGGAAAUCGAACGGUUCCGCAGCGGGGGUGGACGAGUCGAGCGUGCUAGUCUACAGCCAAUGGCUGCGAGAAAUCAAACGCGAGGAACCACCGACCGCCCCCAGUAAAACCAUCAAGGGUUCCGAGCGCACCAUCAUCUACGUGCCCGCCUUCGAAGAAAAUAUCAUCAAACAACCGGUGCCGGUCAUACGUCAGUUGUCCUCCUCGCCGGUGUUUCGCAAAAAAAACACCUCCUCCACCCACAUAUCUCAUAGUCCGACGAAUUUACAACGCAAAGAAAGCAACGAUUCCGCCGUAGAGAUGUUCCCUUGGGGCGACUCUACGGAAGUGAAAAAAAGCCCGUUGAUCAGACGUAGACAGGGCGCGAAGACAACCACCCUGAUGCCCGUAGAUUCCGAAGAGAUGUGCUCGUUAUCGAUCAGUUUGGGCAGGAUCUGGAUGGACGCCCCGCAGGCGAUGACGCCCCGCAGCCUCGAAAUGCCCGGCAAGUCGUCACAGGGGUGCGGAAAUCCGCCCGCGCACAAUUCCCUGGAUAGUGCCCUAAAGGAUUUGGGCCCGAUGGUCUCCAAUCGGUUACAAAAACGAUCCACCCCGCCGGUGGCGAGAACGUUAAGUUCGACCAGUAAUAACACGAACUCCACCGGAUUGUUCUCGAGCAAAGAUUCCGGGUUCAGUUUUUCGAUAAGCGCCCCCAAAUUGACGGACUUCCAGGCGAGUUUCGCCCCGAACGGGGGGGGCUCCAAGGGGGGGUUUUUCCGCAAAAAAUCCCGACCCAAUCCCAAGUUGAGUGUGAGUCGCGACGGUUAUUUUAAACGGACUAGUAGUGCUGUGCUCGCGGAAACUAGGCGUACCUCCCUCAGGGGGAGCGGCAAGAAAAAGAAGAAGAAGAAAAAGGAAAAGGACAGCAGUACAAUCAGGAGCGAUAUUUAUCAAGUGAUAUGCUCGAGACCGCAAAGGGCCAAUGUGCAAUCGUUAAAGUUGGAUCCGAUGAUCUUUGUGCCGCCGGAAAAGCGGAAAUCCGGCAGCAGUCAGAAGCCCUCGUUCAAAACCCGGAUGCAAGAGAUCCGUCAUUUUAAUCCUUUGGAUUCGGCCAUGUACUCCGGUAGUCUGGAUUCUACCGACGAGGGUUUGUACGAGAGUCUGCCGGGGGACUACGAGUACCUCCUCACAGAUGAUGAAGACGAGGAGGAAAUCAACCUGGAGAGUUUCUCCAUGGAAAAGAAGGAUCUUAAGGAGGCGAAAAUUGUGAGCAGCGGUUACGGGAUGGUGAGGAAGUUUUGUGCGCGGGAGGAGUUUGUUCCUCCUCCUCCUCCUUCUGAACCCAGGUUAAAACAGGAGGAAGGCAGGAGGUACCAGAAACGCACGAACUUGAAAAUAAUUCCCGAUUUGGAUAAUUUUUCGGAGGAGGAGGAUUCGCUUGUUUCCCUCACGGAUAACGACGAGGCAAGCGAGAGUGAGAGCGAGGAGAGGUCGGGACGGCGGAUGUACGUGCCGCCCGGAGUGAGUCCGGUGCCCCGGAGGCGGCCGGUGCGACGGAAAAAGAGCGGCCGUGCCGCCCUCACCCAUAAACGGAGCAUCACCUAUUUGGUGAAACCGACGGUCAUUAGGGCGCCGAGCACCUUGAGGAGGACGAAAAAAAGCGGUGACAUAACGCAAAAGGGUUACGAGAAAAAGAGAAGCAGGCUGUUGACCCCUUAUGUACCGAAACAGAACUCGACUAACAGCGAGCACGUUGGAGAUGUGAGCGGCAGCGGGGGCGGCAGGGAGGGCGGCAACAGGCCGCCCCAGCAGCAACACACUCAACGUCGCCGCACCCAACGUCGCGUCACCCACAACGAAAAACGUUAUCAUUCAGACGUGGCAAGGGAGCAAAGGGCGGGGCCCAGGGGCGGCGAAAGCCCCUCGACGAGGGCGGCGCGACGCGGUAACCGACGCCUCACCCGUAACGAGAGCCGGUACCACUCUGAAGUGCGUCAGGAGGCGGUACAACAGGCUUUGGCGCAGGCGUUACAAAACAGACACAAACCGUCGAUGCCGAUGCCCUCCAAGAGGACCUCGGUGAUGGCCAGGAGUCCCGAAAGGGAACGACGGGAUUCUGAAUCGUCAUCGGACGAGGACAGUAUAGCAAAUGACGAGGCGCCCCCGACGACAGUGGAAAGCACCCCGGAACGAGAAAAAGCGACGGGCGGCGGCGGCCUAAUGAGGGGCGGCAGCGGGGGCGGCGGACACCACGGCGGCUUCCCGCCGCCGCCGCCCAGCGACACGUCGAGCGCCGGCUCGCCGCCUCCUUUACAACGGAGGCCGCGGGUGCCGCCCCCGAUGUGGGGCGACCAGAGGGGCGGCAGCCGGAGCCAACAAGAGAUCACCGACAUCACCGAGGUGCUGCAGAACUUUAGGCCGUAUUCUCAACCCCCGGACGUUACGAAUAAUACGGUGCAAGGGGGGCGGAGGGCGGGGGCCGACCGGGUCAACAGGUACAACACCUCGGUGUCCGAGGAUGGUACCAUGAACACCGGUACCGGCCGAUGGAAGGUGUCAGCGAAGAUCCAACAGCUCCUCAACACGUUAAAACGCCCCAAGAGGCGCCCCCUGCCGGAAUUCUACGAGGACGACGACAUAGAGCUGGAACUGGCGGCCAACCCCAAGGACCCCAACGCCCCUAAACCCGAAGGUAGUUGCAUGUCACCCGCGGUGGGCGAACAACUAUCCAUCCCCUCCGGCCUACCGAGGAACCUGGAGGCGGCCAUUUUACGUUACGGAAACGCCAGUUUCAAGGCUCCGGUGGCCACCGUCUUGGACCCCAACGGGAAACUCUCCACCACCCUCACCUACGGAAAACUGUUGAGUAGAUCCCAUAAGAUCGCCUACGCUCUAUUGACGAAAUCGUUCAGUAAAAACGGCGAUACGAGCCUCAAAUCGGGCGAUCGGGUGGCCCUCGUUUAUCCCAACAACGACCCGAUCAAUUUCCUGUGCGCGUAUUACGGAUGCGUGCAGGCGGGCAUCGUACCGGUACCGAUCGAGGUGCCGAUCACGCGUCGCGACGCCGGUUCAUUGCAGAUCGGGUUCCUGUUGGGCAGUUGCGCGGUCCAGGUGGCCCUCACCUCCGAAUUGUGUCUCAAGGGUUUACCGAAAACGACCUCCGGGGAGGUGAUACAGUUUAAAGGGUGGCCGAGGCUCACGUGGUUCGUUACCGAACAUUUGGCGAGGACGCCCAAGGAUUGGACGCCCCAACCCAGACUAACCGACGAAACCCCCGCCUACAUCGAAUACACCACGGACCGGGACGGUUCAGUUAUGGGGGUGACGAUGAACAGGGCCUCGAUGGUGCAACACUGCCGCAUGCUCACCAUGGCCUGCAACUACACCGAGGGCGAGAACAUGGUCUGCGUCUUAGAUUUUAAACGAGAGGUGGGACUGUGGCACUCGGUACUAACGAGCGUCCUGAACGGGAUGCACGUCAUCUACAUCCCGUACGCCCUGAUGAAGGCGAACCCGGCCAGUUGGAUGCAAAUGAUCACCAAGUAUCGGGCGUCGGUGGCCAUAGUGAAGUCGAGGGAUCUCCAUUGGGGCCUGUUGGCCACCAAGGAUCACAAGGACAUCAAUUUGGCCUCGUUGAGGAUGUUGCUGGUCGCGGACGGGGCGAAUCCCUGGUCUCUGAGCAGUUGCGAUCAGUUUCUGAGCGUUUUUAGUGGCAAGGGACUGAGGGCGGACGCGAUCUGUCCCUCGGCGAGCAGCAGCGAGUGUUUGACGGUGUCGGUACGAAGACCAGGCCGGGGCGGAGUAAACGCCACCGGUCGCGGGGUCUUAUCGAUGCAGGGCCUCAGCUACGGGGUGGUACGGGUGGACCAGGAGAACAGUCUCACCUCGCUCACCCUCCAGGAUUGCGGACAGGUUAUGCCCGGUUGCGUGAUUGUGGUGGUGAAAAUGGAGGGUCCGUCGUACCUGUGUAAAACCGACGAGGUGGGCGAGAUCUGCGUGAAUUCGGGGGCGACGGGGGCGCAGUACUGGGGCCUGCCGGGACUGAGCAACAGCACGUUCAAGGUGGUACCGCUGGGAGGCGACGGGAAGCCGAUUUCCGACGCCGAGUACACCAGGAGCGGACUGCUCGGGUUCUUGGGACCCGGCGGACUCGUUUUCGUUUGCGGCUCCAGGGACGGACUGAUGACUGUUACGGGAAGAAAACAUAACGCGGACGACAUAAUCGCGACCGUUCUGGCUGUGGAACCGAUGAAGUUCAUUUAUCGGGGGCGAAUCGCCGUCUUUAGUAUACGAGUGUUAAGGGACGAACGCAUCUGCGUCAUAGCGGAACAACGUCCGGACUGUAGCGAGGAGGAAUCGUUCCAGUGGAUGUCGCGGGUCCUACAGGCGGUAGACUCGAUCCAUCAGGUGGGCAUCUACUGUUUGGCCCUGGUGCCCCCCAAUUAUUUACCGAAGACCCCGCUGGGGGGCAUCCACUUGUCCGAGACGAAACGUCGCUUUUUGGAGGGGGCCCUGCAUCCCGCGAACGUUCUUAUGUGCCCCCAUACCUGCGUGACCAAUUUACCCAAGCCGCGGGAGGUGCAUUCAGCAAGCGACUCCUGUGUUUCAGACGUGGGGCCCGCGAGCGUGAUCGUGGGCAAUUUGGUGCAGGGCAACCGGUUGGCGAGCGCUCAAGGUCGCGAGGUGGGAGGCCUCCUCGUCGAGGAGGACGGAGAGUCCUCCAAGAAGCAGCAAAUGAUCGCCGAAAUUCUCCGUUGGAGGGCGCAGAGUACCUCGGACCACGUCCUGUUCACCCUGUUGAACAGUAAAGGGGCGGUGGCCAAGGUGCUCUCCUGUUCCGAAUUACACAAAAAGGCGGAACGGAUCGGGAACCUGUUGGUGGAAAAGGGACGCGUCAACACCGGGGACCAUGUGGCACUGAUCUUUCCCCCAGGGUUGGACCUGAUCUGCGCCUUUUACGGGUGUUUGUACGUGGGAGCGGUCCCUGUGACGAUCCGUCCGCCCCAUCCCCAAAACUUACAGACCACGUUACCGACCGUCCGCAUGAUCGUGGACGUAUCAAAGUCGGUCCUGGUACUGUCCACUCAGGCCGUCAUCAAAUUAUUACGGUCGAAGGAGGCGAGUAACGUGGUGGACAUCAAGUCGUGGCCGGUCAUCCUGGACACGGACGACAUGCCGAAAAAAAAAUUACCGGUGGUGUAUCGGGCCCCCACCGCCGAAAUGUUGGCCUACUUGGACUUUAGCGUGUCCACCACCGGCAUGUUGGCCGGGAUCAAGAUGUCCCACGCGGCGGUCACGAAUUUGUGUAAAAGUAUGAAGUUGGCCUGCGAGUUGUACCCCAGUAGACAUAUAGCGCUCUGUUUGGAUCCUUAUUGCGGAUUGGGAUUCGCUUUGUGGUGCCUGAGCAGCAUCUACUCCGGACAUCACUCGAUCCUCAUCCCACCCUCGGAAGUCGAGGUGAAUCCGUCUCUAUGGUUGACCGCCGUCUCGCAAUACAAAGUGCGCGACACGUUUUGCUCUUACGGCGUGAUGGAGUUGUGCACCAAAGGGUUGGGGUCCUCGGUCAGUCAAUUGAAGACCCGCGGGGUGAGUUUGGCUUGCGUGAGGACCUGCGUGGUAGUAGGUGAGGAACGGCCGAGGAUCAACCUGACCAGUAGUUUUUCGAAGCUGUUUAGCGCCUUAGGCCUCAGCCCCCGCGCGGUCUCCACCUCGUUCGGAUGUCGCGUAAACGUGGCGAUCUGCCUCCAGGGGGCCUCCAGCCCCGAACCUUCGACCGUUUACGUGGACCUGAGGGCCCUGAGGAACGACCGGGUCAGUCUGGUGGAACGGGGAAGUCCCCACAGUCUCUGCCUGAUGGAGAGCGGCAAACUUUUGCCGGGCGUAAAAGUGAUAAUCGCGAAUCCCGAAUCGAAAGGUCAAUGUGGUGAUUCGCAUCUGGGAGAGAUCUGGGUGCAAAGCGGGCAUAACGCCAGCGGGUAUUUCACCAUUUACGGGGACGAGUCGGAGUACGGGGACCAUUUUAAUGCCCGUUUGGUCACGGGGAAUACCGGGGAGGUUUACGCCCGAACCGGGUAUUUGGGCUUUUUGAGGAGGACCGAGGGAGUUGAGAACUGCACGGACGACACGACAACGACCGUCUCGACCCAAAACAGCAGCGACACCGAAUCGGUGGGUUCCUCGCACCAUUUGGUACCGGGCGCCCUCGACUCCCCCGCCGAACUCCACGACGCCGUUUUCGUCGUCGGCGCUCUGGACGAGACGAUCGUACUGCGAGGGAUGCGGUACCACCCGAUCGACAUCGAGAACUCGGUGCUGCGCUGUCACAAGAAAAUCGCCGAGUGCGCCGUCUUCACCUGGACGAAUUUGUUGGUGGUGGUGGUCGAAUUGGACGGGAACGAGAGCGAAGCUUUGGAUCUGGUCCCUUUGGUGACCAACACCGUGUUGGAGGAACAUCAUUUGAUCGUCGGGGUGGUGGUGGUGGUCGAUCCGGGCGUGGUACCGAUUAAUUCGCGGGGCGAGAAGCAACGGAUGCACCUGCGCGACGGUUUUUUGGCCGAUCAGUUGGAUCCGAUUUAUGUCGCGUACAACAUGUAACCCGAGGCGGAUUAUUACGGGGACGACGUUAAACGGCGGUUUCUGAUGAGACACGCCCGCAAACGGGUCACCCUGCGACAGAUGAGCGUUUAGGGUUGAAUCGGAUCUCUGGAAUAGGUUGGCUUAAAUCGCGUUGUUUCAGCGAGUUUUCUGGCUAAAUCUGAGCGAAGGUUGUUCCCUACAAUUGACGGGGAACAAGUUUUCGUUGACUUUUCUUAACAGUUCUUUUGCUCCCUCUUAAUGUCUUUCCUGAGGGUGGAUUUGACAGUCGAAACGCAGUUUCAGCUCAAAAAUUGACGGUGCUAAAGGGUGCCAAAAGUUUUGAACGAUCGUGAAGGAAAUCUAGGGAUUUUUUUUUUUUAGGAAAGAAAAUUGGAGGCAUUUAGGGAUUUUUCAAAGAUUUCUUCUUCAAUUUUUAGUGACUUUUGAAGUGACUUUAGUGAUGCGUUUGGAGGACUUUUAGUAACUUCCGGAGAAAAUUGCGAUUUUUUUUAGUGAUUUUUGGAUAAAAUUGGGUGAUUUUUCUGGUUUUUAGUGACUUUUGAAGGAAAUUGGGCAAUUUCUGUAUUAAAUUUGGGAAUUUUUCAAUUUUUAAAUAUUUUUUGCAUUAAAUUGGUGACUUUUUGGGUAUUUUUUUAAGUCUCAGUGGCUUUUCCAGGAAAUUGGUGGAUUUUUUAAAUUUUUAGUGACUUUUGGGUGAAGCUGGUGACUUUUUUGGGGAAUUUUUUCAAGUUUUAGUGGCUUUUCAAGGAAUUUGGGGAAUUUUUAGGGACAUAGGAAAUUGGGAUUUUUUUUAGUGACUUUUGGAUUAAAUUGAGGGAUUUUUAGUGACCUUUGCGUUAAGCUGGUGACUUUUUUGGGGUGUUUUUUCAAUUAUUGGGGGGUUUUCCAGGAAAUUAGGGAACAAUGACUUUUGGGGGAAAUUGGGGAUUUUUUAGUAAUUUUUUAAAUUAAAUUGGGGGAUUUUUUCAAUUUUUAGUGACUUUUGGGUUAAGUUGGUGACUUUUUUGUGGUGUUUUUUCAAUAUUAGGGGGUUUUCCAGGAAGUUAGGGAAUAAUGACUUUUGGAGGAAAUUGGGGAUUUUUUAGUAAUUUUUUAUUUAAAUUGGGGAUAUUUCAAAUUUUUAGUGACUUUUGGGUUAAGUUGGUGACUUUUUUGGGGUGUUUUUUCAAUUCUUAGGGGGUUUUCCAGGAAGUUAGGGAACAAUGACUUUUGGAGGAAAUUGGGGAUUUUUUAUUUAAAUUGGGGAUUUUUCAAAUUUUUAGUGACUUUUGGGUUAAGUUGGUGACUUUUCUGGGGUGUUUUUUCAAGUCUUAGGGGGUUUUCCAGGAAUUUGGGGAAUAAUGACUUUUGGGGGAAAUUGGGGAUUUUUUAGUAAUUUUUUUAAUUAAAUUGGGGGAUUUUUUCAAUUUUUAGUGACUUUUGGGUUAUGUUGGUGACUUUUCUGGGGUGUUUUUUCAAUAUUAGGGGGUUUUCCAGGAAGUUAGGGAAUAAUGCCUUUUGGAGGAAAUUGGGGAUUUUUUAGUAAUUUUUUAUUUAAAUUGGGGGAUUUUUUCUAUUUUUAGUGACUUUUGGGUUAAGUUGGUGACUUUUUUGGGGCAUUUUUUCAAGUCUUAGUGGCUUUUUGAGGAAUUUGGGGAAUUUUUCUCAUUUUUAGUAACUUUUGGCAAAAAUCUGGUAAUUUUUUAGUGAUUUUUUGAUUAAAUUGGGGGAAUUUUUUCAAUUUUUGUAUAAAUUCUUAUAAAAGGUUUACAAAAACCUGAAGAGGUUUAUGCUAAACAAAACGAGGGGCUAUAGUUUCUUGUGGCUUAAGUAUUUUUAAAGUUACAAAAGGAUUUACUUAACAAAACCUUGAAAACAGUUAAAAUUCAGGUUGCAUGCGACACAAAAUUCUUUCUAACUUAAAAACUAUUUCGGUUUUUUUAAUAAUUCUUGUGCACCGAUUUAAAGGGAUUCCUGAAGAUGGAUUUGAUGUAAGAAACGUCUCUCUAGGACCGAGAUUUAUCGAGUUAGAGCUAUUUGUAUGCACGAUGGUCCCUGAGAGAGUUAUUGGCAUUUUUUUUGGAUUUUGGUCCUAAAGACCCAAAAAAAUUUGACUUUUUUUUAUUUUUUUUUUAAAAGCCUUCCAUGACUACAGAUUGAUGCAAUAAAAACGCUAAAAUAAAAUUUGAAAUUUUUUUGGCCAAAAUUUCAAAGGGGUAAAGUAAGUAAAAUUGAGAAAAAGCGGUUUUUAUUUUUUUCCAAAAAAUCCAUGGGUCUGAGGAAAAAUUGUUUGAAACAAAAGUUGGUGGAAAUAUUAAGGCCUGCACGCUACUAAAGAAAUUUUGCUUCUACUUGUAAUACAGCCCGAGAAAAUGGGAAAAAACCCCAAAUCAAAUAAAUUUCAUUUUCUCCAUUCCUAUUAGAAAAAUUUAACUUUUUCUGUCACCAUAAGAAGCCCCGUCCUACUCUGAACAAAAAAGUAUUUUACACUUUUUUUCGAAAAAUAAACAGGGACGGACUUAUGGGCAUUUUUCGGGUUUUGACCCUACUACUACCCAAAAAAAUUCAAAAAUUUUAAAAAGUUAUCCGAAUCGAAAAAUUCUUUUACUGAGGUGUAAAGCACAAAAAACCAAGCAAAAAAGUCUUGUUUCAUUAAUCUCCAUUUCCCAUAGGAAAGGCACAUUAAGACCUUAUAAUCUUCAGACUAUAAUCCUUAAUAGUCCAGGUGCACUCUUAAAAAUUCAAAAAUGGCUAUAAACCAACCUUCCAAUAAUAAUUAACAAAAAAUUUUAUUUGUGCCCUUGGACUAGGUCCGUCUUUAGUGAUAGUCCAGGCGCAUCAGUCUUAAACAAAAAAUCCAUUAAUAGGACAAAAUUAGACUUACACACUCUGUCUACAAAACCCUAUAGUCCAGGUACUAAAUUUAAUGAUUAUUGAACCUAGGCUCUUGCACUAAGUCUAUAGAAUUCAUUCUACAUCCAUAGUCCAGGCGUGCAUGUACUAAAAAAAUCCCUACACACUCAUCUUAUAGUUCAGGCGUCCCAGUACUAUAAAUAAUUAUUAAUUCGACCAAAUUAGAGGAACUGAAAAAAAAAACGAGUAUCUGGUUUCACAUCAAUUUCGCAUGAGAAAAAUCCUUAAAAUAAUUUGCUAAUAAUUCUUUUACUCCAAGUUAAUGUAAUCCCUGAAGAUGGGUUUCAUGUAAGAAACGUCUCUCUAGGUCCGGGCUUUACUACGUUAGGUGCAGACGUUCUUUGACAUAAAAAAAUUUGAACUUUGGUCGAGUAUAACUAGAAAACUACUUGGGGGAAUUUCAUCGGGUUUUUAGGGAAAUUUGAAGGGUUUUCUGCUGAAUAAAACGAUAUAUUUUACUGUCCCGGAGGUCCACUACUUUUUGAGUUAUCUGAG